AUGGAGAAAUUCAAGCUAAAGUCGUCAAACUGGCGCGACUUCAUCCCAGCACCAGCUUGCACACGAAGCAUCGAACUCGCCCACGCAGAUACAUACCAAUGGGCGGAAAUCAGAUCCCGAGAGCCACUUAUGAUCGGAUGGAAGAAGGUCUGGGACGAGCUGUACAAUGCGCCGUAUAAAGGGAUCACAACCGACGGCCAGGUCAUACCAAAUUUACACCAUCUAGCAAAUGAAGUGGACGAACAAGGCGCCCCGACGGCGGAAAUGGUAAAAGCUGCGCAGAAGUUACUCAGAGUAGCCACGCCGCGGCAGAGAGAGGCACUUGUUAAGGACAUUAACGCACGAGAAUGGCGCUCCUGGAUUAAUCCGGAGAUCUACAUCUUUCGCCAUGGCAUUCGCUUGGAGGAAGUGUCGGGUGAAGUGGUUGAUGCAGCUCAUGGCCUUAUGCGCGCUAGCUUAUCGGAUGAAGGAUACUGCAAGGCUUAUGGCUGCAUGAGGAUUAAUCACUUCCUUGGGGAGGUUCUAAAUGGACGGAAAGUGUUGAAUGCUGCAUCAUACAACUUCAGUAUUUUUGGAACGCCGUCUCUGACUGAGCCGUGGGGGUGGCAGAUCUUCGGGCACCAUUUCGACAUGAAUUGUUUUGUAAUUGGGAAACAGAUGGUGGUCACGCCUGUGUUUAUGGGGGCAGAGCCGAACAUCAUCGACCGCGGACCCUAUAAAGGGGUCGAGCUCUUCAAGGACCAGGAGCAGACAGCUCUCCAGCUGGUCAUCUCGAUGGACGAGGAAACGCUCCAACGGGUGCGCGUUUUCAAGGAGCUGCAAGGUCCAGAGUAUCCGGAAUGGCGGUAUCACCGUGCAGAUCAACGACAUCUCGGUGGUGCGUUCCAGGACAACCGGGUGAUUCCAUACGAGGGCGUCAAAGUCACUACAUUUUCAGUUGCGCAACAGGAUCUCGUCCGCAAACUGGUCGUACUAAGUAUUAACUAUCUCCCUGCCAAAGCUCUAGCGGCGAAAAUGAAGCAAGUUGAGGAGCACUGGGAGGAAAUGUACUUUGCCUGGAUCGGUGCGCUCAUAAGAGAAGAUGGCUUUUACUACAAGGUGCAUUCGCCGGUCAUCAUGGUCGAGUUUGAUCACCAUUCAGGGGUCUUUCUGAACAAUGCACUUCCACUGCCGUUUCAUAUCCAUACCUUGGUCAGGACUCCGAAUGGCAAUGAUUAUGGAAAGGAAUUGCUUCGCCAGUACUACCAGAAGAAGGGCUUGGGGGAUAAUAACUAG